AUGACUUCACAAGUAUCAAGGUUGGACAGACAAGUGGUGUUGUUGGAAACAGGUUCCACUCAAGUGGUACGUAAUAUGGCUGCUGAUCAAUUGGCCGAUUUAGCUAAACAGCAUCCAGAAGACAUUCUUUCGCUGAUAUCUAGGGUAUACCCUUUUCUCCUGGCAAAAAAAUGGGAAACAAGAGUCACCGCGGCAAGAGCAUUUGGUGGUAUAAUGGCUCAUUACCCUAUUUGGGAGGCCGAUACCGACUCAAUAAAAACUGAAAGCAUACCAACAAUAAAAGAGGAAGAUUUCCAUAACGAUCUAUCUCAUAUGUAUUCUUUAGAUCAAUGGGAUAUGUCUUCGCUUCUAAAAUCUGGGAAAACUUUACUGGCGUCAGGUACAGAAGAAUAUUCUGUUGAUGAAGUUCCUACAAAAUCAUUAAAGACACAAUCAUCCAGUACUCCAAAUUCAAAUUCGAAUUCAAAUUCAAAUUCAACAGCUACCUCUAGUUCAGCACCUCCUGCUUCUAAAAAAUCUGCAAGAAUGAUGGCCAUGCAAAAGAGAAAACAAAGGAUGAAAUCAAAAACAGUAUCCCCUACUGCUCCAACAACAACUAUAACGUCAACAUCGAAUUCUUCGGAAUUUAAAAACCCAAAACUAUCGUUAAAGCAAAAAGACACUCCCUCUUCAACUUUACAGUCAGCCAAAAUUGCUAAAGAUAAAUUAAUAUUAGAAAAAUUUAUUGAUCAACAAAAUGAAACUUGUUGGCCAGUACAACCAAUUUAUGAUUUACUUCUGAAUAAUUUGAUAGAUGAAAAUUGGGAAAUUAGACACGGCUCCUCUUUAGGACUUCGAGAUUUAUUGAAAAAACAUUCUUCAUCCAUUGGUAAAUUAUCUAAUUUAAAUCAAGAGGAAAAUAAUAAAAGAAAUCUAAAGUAUUUAGAAGAUUUAGCCACAAGAAUCAUUACCAUCUUUACAUUAGAUAGAUUUGGUGAUUAUGUUUAUGAUACAGUAGUGGCACCAGUACGAGAAUCUGCUGCUCAAACAUUGGCCACUUUAAUACAUGAUUUAAAAGAUAUAACUCUAUUAACUAAAAUAUUUAAUUCUUUGAAAAUUUUGGUACUACAAAAUAAUCAAGAAUUUAAGAGUGAUACAGGUAUAAGAAAAAUUUGGGAAGCCACUCAUGGUGGGCUAUUAGGUUUACGUUAUUUUGUCUCUAUAAAGACUGAUUUCAUUUUACAAAAUAAUUAUUUAAAUGAUAUUAUUGAUAUUGUCAUUUAUGGUUUAAAUCAAACCGAUGACGAUAUCAAAAGUGUGGCUACUUCAAUUCUAAUACCAAUUACCAAUGAAUUUAUUAAUUUAAAUAAUGAAAAAAUAGAUGUGGUAUUAACAACAACUUGGGCUUCACUUUCUCAAUUAGAUGAUGAUUUAUCCUCUUCAGUAGGGUCUGUCAUGGAUCUUCUAUCUAAUUUGUGUCAACAUGAAAAAAUUUUAGAUAUUUUGAAAUUAAAGGCAGUUCAAUUCCCUUCGGAAUGGUCAUUUAAAUCUUUAGUCCCCAAAUUAUAUCCAUUUUUAAGACAUUCAAUCUCCUCAGUAAGAAAAUCUGUAUUAAAUUUAUUAUUAACUUUUUUAAAUUUAAAAGAUGAUUCUACAAAAUCUUGGAUUAAUGGUAAAAUUUUUAAAUUAAUUUUUCAAAAUAUUUUAUUUGAACAAAAUGAUGAAAUUUUAAAAUUAUCUUUCCAAUUGUAUCAAUUAUUAUUAAAUCAAUAUAAGUCAAAACAUACUGAAAAAUCAAUAGAUCAUAUAUUUAGUAAGCAUUUACAGCCAAUGUUACAUCUAUUAAAUACUCCAAUAGGUGAAAACGGUAAAAAUUAUAGUAUGGAAACUCAAUAUAUUUUAAAGCCUUCUAUUAAUUAUAAAUUACAUCCAGAGAAGAAAAGAUCUUUGUCAAAUCCACAAGUUUCAAUUUCAAAUCCACAAGAUUCAACUUCAAAUUCAAAUUCCGUUAAAGAUUCCUCAGAUAUACCAAUCCCGGAAUCUAUUCUAAAUGAACAUAUUAAUAUAGAUGUCCCCAUGAUUAAUGGUGAUAUUGCUCUGUUAGGUCCAGAAAUUAUUUAUAAUACAAGAAUCCUAGCGGCUAAAGCGUUUGGUUUAACAUUAUCCUAUUUUAAAUUCCAAAUAUUAAAACCAUUUUUCGAAAAAGUCUUGGUCCGUUGUUUGGAAUUACCUUAUGCAACUCCAAGAUUAUUAUGUGCAAUUAUAAUGUCUACAUUUUGUAAAGAAAUUAAAUCCAAAAAUAUUUCCAUCGAUAAAGAUAAUAAUAACCUAAUUGAAUUGGUUUCAAAUUGUUUUGGUCCAUUAAUGUAUGAACAAUUAUCAUCUCCUUCAACUUCAUUACCUUCAUUUAGAGAAAUUGUUCCAUGUUUAAAAGCUUUAAGAACUCAAUGUCAAACCCUUUUAACUACUUUUGUAGAUGUAGGUAUGUUACCACAACAUAAAUUACCAACGGUCGCAGUCAUCGUUCAAGGUGAAAAAGAUGCUGGUCAACAAGCUUUUAGUAUUGAAAUGGCUGAGAAAAUUUGUAACGAAUAUUACGAUAAAUUAUUUAAAUCAAUGAAUAACUCUUAUAAAUUAUUAGCCAAAAAACCUUUAGAAGAUGCAAAGAAUAGAGUUUUAUUCAACGUUCAAUUAGCUAAGGAAGCUCAAUCUUCAAGAACUUCAGGUAUAGUAGCCAACUAUUCCUCAGCUUAUUUAUUGUUCAAUGGAUUACCUACAAAAUUGAACCCAAUCAUUAGAUCUCUAAUGGAUAGUAUAAAAGAAGAAAAAAAUCAAACUUUACAACAAAUGUCAGGUGAUUCCAUAAUUUAUCUAUUAAAUCUUUUAAUUGAAAAUAAAAGAAUCAAUGUCUUAAAUAAAAUCAUUAAAAAUUUAUGUGGGUUUAUUUGUGUGGAUACUUCAGAAGUUCCGGAAUUUAAACAACAAAUCCCAUCGAAUAAUAAUCCUGAUUCAAUAUCAAAUGAUGAUUAUAUCUUGACUUUAAUCAAAGAAAAGACUUCAUUAGCUGUUCAAGAUGAUGCAAAUCUUUUAAGAAUGACUCAAGAAGCGCAAAUUAAAAGAAAAGGUGCUUUAUAUACUCUAAUGCAAAUUUUCGGAACUUAUGGUACCCAAGUAUUUGAUAAAAUUGAAUUUUUGAAAAAUCAUAUUUUUGAUCCACUAGAUAAAUUAAAUUCUAUUGCCAAAGAUGAUCAAUCAGAGAUAACUGAUUCUUUAGGUCAAUCAAUGGUUGAUUCCUUGGGCAUGCUAAGAGCUCUUUAUGGUUCUAUGGACAAGAAAUUCCAUGAAGAAUUUAUAAUUCCUUAUUUCCCCAUCAUUUUAAAAUUUUUGACUUCAAAAUUUUCUGUUUUCCGUUAUUCUGCUGCAAGAACGUUUGCUGAUUUUGCCAAGGCUUCACCUGUUCAAGUUAUGACUUUCAUCAUCAGAAAUGUUUUACCCCUUUUAAAUAAUGCUGGUUCUGUAAUUGAUCGUCAAGGUUCUGUAGAAUUGAUUUAUCACAUGUCUUUGUCAAUGGAAACUGAUAUCUUACCUUAUGUCAUAUUUUUAAUUGUUCCAUUAUUAGGUAGAAUGAGUGAUUCUAAUCAAGAUGUUAGAAAUUUAGCAACUACUACUUUUGCAUCAAUUAUUAAAUUGGUUCCAUUAGAAGAAGGUAUAAAAGAUCCAGAGGGAUUACCAGAAGACUUAAUGCAAGGUCGUGAAAGGGAGCGUGAUUUCAUUCAACAAAUGAUGGAUCCUUCAAAGGCUCAAGAAUUUAAAGUCCCUGUCGCUAUUAAAGCUACUUUAAGAAAAUAUCAACAAGAUGGUGUUAAUUGGUUAGCUUUCUUAAAUAAAUAUCAUUUACAUGGUAUUUUAUGUGAUGAUAUGGGGUUAGGUAAAACUUUACAAACGAUUUGUAUUAUGGCAAGUGAUCAAUAUUUAAGAAAACAAGAGUACGAAGAAACAAAAUCAAUAGAAUCAAGGCCUUUACCUUCAUUAAUUAUUUGUCCACCUUCUUUGACAGGUCAUUGGGAAUCUGAAUUCGAACAAUAUGCACCAUUUUUGAAAAUUUUAGUUUAUGCUGGUGGUCCCUCCGUUCGUGUUCCAUUAAGAAGUCAAUUAAAUGCCUCAGAUAUUAUUGUUACUUCCUAUGAUGUCACUAGGAAUGAUUCUGACAUUCUAUCUAAAUUGGAUUAUAAUUAUUGUGUCUUAGAUGAAGGUCAUAUUAUUAAAAACUCCCAAUCUAAACUGGCUAAGGCUGUAAAACAAAUAAGAGCUAAUCAUAGAUUAAUCUUAACAGGUACACCAAUUCAAAACAACGUCGUUGAAUUGUGGUCCUUAUUUGAUUACUUGAUGCCAGGUUUUCUUGGUACUGAAAAAUCAUUUCAGGAAAGAUUUGCCAAACCAAUCGCAGCUUCAAGAAACAGUAGAACUUCAUCAAAAGAACAAGAAGCUGGUGCAUUAGCAUUAGAAGCGUUACAUAAACAAGUUUUGCCAUUUAUGUUGAGAAGAUUAAAGGAAGAUGUCCUACAAGAUUUACCUCCAAAGAUUAUUCAAGAUUAUUAUUGUGAAUUAAGUGAUCUUCAAAAACAAUUAUAUCAAGAUUUUGCAAAGAAACAAAAGAAUGUCGUUGAAAAAGAUAUUGAAAAUCCAGCAGAAAUGGAUAAUAAACAACAUAUUUUCCAAGCUUUACAAUAUAUGAGAAAAUUAUGUAAUCAUCCAUCUUUAGUUUUAUCCCCAGGUCAUCCACAAUUGGCACAAGUAGAAAGCUAUUUAAAACAAACAGGUUUAGAAUUGCAUGAUAUUGUUAAUGCUCCAAAAUUAAACGCUUUACGCACAUUAUUAUUCGAGUGUGGUAUUGGUGAAGAAGAUAUGGAAAAGAAAUCUACAAGUUCCUUACAAAGUCAAUUAUUAAAGACUGAAAAUGUUAUUUCUCAACAUCGUGCUUUGAUUUUCUGUCAAUUGAAAGAUAUGUUGGAUAUGGUGGAAAAUGAUCUUUUCAAAAAAUAUAUGCCCUCUGUAACAUAUAUGAGAUUGGAUGGUAGUGUUGAUCCUAGAAAUAGACAAGAAGUGGUUAAGAAGUUUAAUGAGGAUCCAUCUAUUGAUUGUCUAUUAUUGACUACCAAAGUUGGUGGUUUAGGUUUAAAUUUGACUGGUGCUGAUACUGUUAUCUUUGUAGAGCAUGAUUGGAAUCCAAUGAAUGAUUUACAAGCCAUGGAUCGUGCUCAUAGAUUAGGUCAAAAGAAGGUUGUUAAUGUUUAUAGAAUUAUUACAAAGGCCACUUUGGAAGAAAAAAUUAUGGGUUUACAGAAAUUUAAAAUGAAUAUUGCUUCUACAAUUGUUAAUCAGCAAAAUAGUGGUCUUGCAUCUAUGGAUACAAACCAAUUAUUAGAUUUAUUUGAUGCCGAUAAUGUUCCAUCUCAAGAAUCAGAAGAAAGGCAAAGAAUGGCGCUUUACAAGUGGAUGAUAUUGCAAAUGAAACUGGUUUGA